ACCCAUUCACCUCUCCCUUGAAUUGUUGAAUCCCCCCACUCAAACUAUAAAAACCCCUCCACCCCAACGUCCAAAAAUCGCAGCUCAAGUGUUUGUGUACAACCAACUAAGUAAUAAUCUCUAGCUUAGCUACUCUUGUUGUUGUUUUUUCUCUCAUAUCCCAAUGGAUUCUCCUAAUUCCUACUUCUCCUCGUCGUCGUCGUCGUCGUCGUCGUCGUCGGACUCGUCUUUGUUCGGCGAAUUCUUUCCUUUCGGCCCCGACGAUGCCGAGGAGAUGCUCUCCUUCGGCACGCUCGCCGACACUGGCGAAGGCGCGCCCCCCGAUGAGGCGAAAAAGAAUGGCGCGGAGGAGGGCGUGGCGGCGGCGGCGGGGAGAAAGGAGAGGAGCUAUAUAGGGGUGAGGCGGCGGCCGUGGGGGAAGUUCGCGGCGGAGAUACGGGACUCGACGCGGAACGGGGCGCGGGUGUGGCUGGGGACGUUCGACACGGAGGAGGCGGCGGCGCUGGCCUACGACCAGGCGGCGCUGUCGGUGCGAGGCGCGGCCGCGGUGCUCAACUUCUCCGAGGAGCGGGUGAGGGAGUCACUGGAGGGGCUGCAGUGGGGGGAGGAGGAGGAGGGGUGCUCCCCUGUGAUGGUGUUGAAGAAGAGACACUCCUUGAGGAGGAGUAGGGGUGGUGGUGGUGGUGGUGGUGUUGGUAGGAAGAGGAGGAGGAGGGUUGUGGUGAGCCAUGGAGAAGAGGAUGAUCAGGAGAUCAAAGAGGUGGUGAGGGUUGAGAAUGUUGUGGUGUUGGAGGAUUUGGGGGUGGAGUAUUUGGAAGAGAUUCUGAGAAUCUCAGAGAUUGCAAACACUACCUACUACUCCUCUACUGAAUUAUAGUAUAUUAACUUAGUUUGAUCCUUUGUUGUUAAUUUUCUUUUUUACUGUAACAAUAUCAUGAUUGAUCAAAUGGUAUAUGAUUACUUUAUUUAUUUAAUUAAUUAAGUUUUUUCUUUC